CACCAUCGACCACUUUAUACCAUGCCCUUUAUCCCCAUACCUCUAUCAAUUGAUAAGUUUUCUCUCGCCCACAAGAAUUUCAUCAGCUGGGAUCGUCCAUCAAAUUAACAACAGCGGGAUCUUUUCAUAAGAGGUUUCAUUCUUCAACUCAAUUAAUAUGUCAAUUUCCUUAAAGCCAAAACAUUCAGGUUUUCAGCAGCUCAACUUAAUCAAAACACCUUAAGCUUCCAUCUCGCCGAUUUCAUUUUUACAGUAUGUUUUAAACAACCAAUUGUUUCAUAUCUGAGAAGUUUCAACUCACCACAUGAACAAGGCAUACACAUUCAAUAUCUCAUCAAGGCAUCUGCAUAUACAAUCAUAUGUGUAUUUCACAAAGAACAGCAUGUAUACAUAUAUAAGUAGAACAUGGCUUCACUGAAAAGAAAUAGAAGUAGAAUUUGGAAGCCUUGAUUUCCCUUGUUGUCGUUUUGCUUGUGGAGUCGAGUAAUGCUUGUGUGAGUGAAUCGAGUCGGAGAGUGAAGAAGGUGACCUUGGGGUCGGGAAUUGGGGCUCGAGGAGGGAGGCGACGGAGGCCACGGCGGCCGCUGUUGCCAAGGAAUAGGGCGGUACUAGCGGUGCCGUCGAUCUGAAAGGAGGAAGGCGGAGAGGGAGACCGGUGGCACGGUCGGCGGCGGCUUUCGCUGCUGCUCGCCGGAAGCAUCUGGUUUGGGAAUUUGGGGAAAGAAGUCGGAUUUGGAGAGAGGAGUCGUUGUUGUCGUCGGAGUUUCAGAGGAUAGGUCGAGGGUGAGAGUGGUUGAGGGCGGCGGCCGUGGAAGGAGCUGCGGUCGCCGGGAAUCGAGCAGGAGAGUCAACUAGAGGUCUGGAGAAUUGAGCGGCGGUGGUCGGUUUUGCUGCUGCGGCCGCUGACUUAUGUUGUAGGCAAACGAGGGAGAAGAAGAUGGGGCGAGGGAGAGGGGCCGAUCGUCGGCUCUUCACGGAGAAGGGCGCGGCGACUGUAUACUGUUUCCGCUGGGUUCGGUGGAGUGAGGGAGGUGGGCGGCUGUGAUUGAGGUAAAGGAGAGAGGGGAGAGCCGGGAGUGUCAGCGGCUUAUCGCCGUUGCUGUCGCCGGAAAUAGAGAGGCGGCUGCCGGAAGAGAGGAAGAAGGAGAGGAUGCAGCGUGAGUUUGUGUUUAUGUGCGGCUUCGAGAGGGUUUUGGGCUACUAGGGUUGGGCCUAAUUGAGCUGGGCCGAUUUUAUUUAGAUGGGCCCGAUUUAUUUUAUUCAGUCUGGGCCAUUCCUAUUUUAUUGAGUUGGGCCUCAUCUUUUAAUUGGCUUUGUGGUCCAAGGGGAUUAGCGCUGCUUUCCCAAGACAUGUUUAUAUGUGAAUGAUCUUCAGGUUUUGCCUAUCUAGAAUGUUGAGAACUCCAUUCAGAAAGUUGUCCGGUGCAAGAGUUUUGCUGACUCGGAGAUGGCUUUCUCAAGACACAACAAGCAAACUGGAAGGCAAGGUAGCUCUAAUUACAGGGGCAGCAAGUGGUAUAGGCAAAGAAACAGCAACCAAAUUCAUCAACAAUGGUGCCAAAGUAGUGCUAGCCGACAUCCAGAAAGAUGAGGGCCACCACACGACCCUGGAGCUCGGUCAGAAUGCUGCCUUCGUUGCAUGCGACGUCACCAAAGAAUCGGACGUUUCAGACGCUGUGGACUUCACCGUGUCCAAGUUCGGCCACCUCGACAUCAUGUACAACAAUGCAGGCAUUGCCUGUCAUACCCCCCCAAGCAUAGUGGACCUUGACUUGGCCUCCUUCGACAGAGUCAUGGCGAUCAAUGUCCGGGGUGUGGUGUCUGGGAUCAAGCACGGGGCCCGUGUCAUGAUCCCGAGGGAAAGAGGGGUUAUCCUCUGCACAGCCAGUGUGACAGGCCUAAUGGGAGGACUAGCACAACACACUUACUCUGUGUCCAAGAGUGGCGUGAUAGGGAUCGUGAGAUCAGUUGCAUCGGAGCUGUGCAGGCACGGGAUUCGUGUCAACUGCAUAUCCCCGAUGGCCAUCCCGACCCCGUUUGUGAUGGACGAGAUAAAGAAGUACUACCCGGAGGUCGAUCCUCAUAGGCUGGUGAAGAUGGUGCAUGAUUUCAGUGUGCUGAAAGGAGCUGUUUGUGAGCCUGGUGACAUUGCAAAUGCUGCUGUGUUUCUUGCAUCUGAUGAUGCAAAGUUUGUUAGUGGGCAUAAUCUUGUUGUAGAUGGUGGCUUCACAUCGUUCAAGAAUAUCACUCUUCCUACACCAGAUCAGCUAUGAUGAGAAAGAGUAUACAUUUAUUUGAUGCCAACUUCUCUUUGUCUUUCACUUGUUGCCUGCUUUAUUUGGUUUGGUUAGGUUAGCAUUGGAUGUCCCCGUCACUAUUUCAAUAAAGUCGAGAACGACAGAUAAAUAUAUUUUGAAAUCUUAAAAGUCCAAAUUAUAUUA